AUGCCGCCCCGUCUCAACCUUUUCAACGCGAGGACCGCGGUCCCGGUCUUUCGCCAGACCUCUGUCAACGUUUCCCGACCCAGCAUCGCUACUACUAUCAAUAGCAACCGAUCCACCCGCCAUGGCCUGAGAACUGGCCUGUCGUCCUCGACACGAAUGCAGAAGAGAUGGAACUCCUCAGCGUCGGGGGGAGACAACUCGGAGCGGCCAAAGGCUCCCACGGAGGACCCGUUGCCUCACGUUAGCGAGGAGGCCGCGGAGAUAAGCAAGAUCAUGGACAAGAAAUGCGACGGCACUCCCGCCAGUCCAGAGUUAGAGCAAGGAACGCCUAUUUCAGAGAUCCUCCAACGGGACAAAGAAGCCCAGAAACACAUGCCAAAGGUCAUGCAAGACCAGAUCAAAUCAUCGACUGGUACUCGCUCAUUUUCGACAUCCACUCGCCGGAGCCAGGCAGAACUACAUGGCCAAGGAAAGAGCUUCGAUGAGCAAACUGCUGCAGUGAUGGCCAGCAUGAUUUCGCAGGUCAACCAGCAAGCUGAGGAAUUUCAUGACGGUAUCAAGUUUGACCCCGUUGAGACCCUUCCCAAGACAGAGAAUUUCCGCACAAGAUAUGACUCGCUGCUCGAACAAUUUACCAAACUCUUAAUGACAGACGGCAAGUUGAGUAGGGCCCAGAAGGAUAUGGCGUUCAUUCUGGACCACCUUCGCACUGCCUCUCCGCCUCAGCCCAACCCCAAGCGGCCUCUGCUUCCUGGACCUCCGGCCCCGCAGCUUCCUCUAAACCCUGUCCUCUAUCUCACCUUGAUUGUCGACUCCGUUGCUCCUCUGAUCAAGAUUCGUCAGCAGAAAGGUAUCGCCGGUGGUGGUGCGUCGGUGCAGAUUCCGGUUCCGCUCGCACUGAGACAACGCCGCAGGACAGCGAUUAAAUGGAUUAUCGAUGGCUCUGAUAAACGACGUGACAGCAAGUUCGCUCAGCGAGUAGCCAACGAGCUUGUUGCGGUUGCAGAGGGCCGCAGUGGUGUGUGGGACAAGAGAGAGCAGCAGCACAAGCUCGGUAUCGCAGGCCGGUCGAAUCUCGGCAUGGUCGGUGGUCGUCGUGUGCCACCGAACACCUCAAACGGCCUAACACCCGCACAACAUUGGACAACGAAUCCCAUCCCCUCCCCUUGCUCGGUUCUUCUUUUUCUGUCCACCGUGUCGUCGCAUGCUGGUGGGCCGAAAGUGGCACGCAUCGCUUCUGCGACCAGUGCCUCACCCGACGAUAUCGACGUGACCAGUCGCCCCCGCUUAUCUGGCCAGGAUAUCGAGCUCGUGGAGUAUCCUGUCCCACCCUCCACCUCAACCAGGGCCUGGCAGCCACACACUGGAUCUCAGGGAUUCGAUCCUCGACCGAUCGGUCAUCGCCAAUUACUUGAUCGUACUUCUCAAACGGGAACGCUCGGGCAUUCGGAUCCAAAUUCCCGCCAAACUCGUCAGCACGCCCAGUGGGACAAGCCAUUUCGCCUCAAGUAUUGGGUAGAGGCAAUUCAUCGUCGCUCACGGUUUCCGGAGCCCCAGUCCAAGAUGAAGUUUUCCCAUAGUAUCCAAUUCAAUGCGGUUCCCGAAUGGAGCUCGUACUAUCUUGCGUACAGCAACCUCAAGAAAUUGAUCUACUCUCUGGAACAACAAGUCCGCAAAGCCGGUGGGCAAGCUCAAGCUGAUGUCGAGUCGGCUCCUUUGCUAGAUAGUACCCCGAAUACCGACGCGAUAUUUCGGAAAGCUCUAGACGCAGAGCUAGAGAAAAUAUGCACCUUCUACCGGGACAAAGAGCUAGAGAUCCUCAAGGAGGUUGAAGAGGUAAUUAGAGAUGCGGACGAGUAUGCUUCGGAGGCCGAUGGGAUUAAUGUGGACCCGAUGAGCGAGCAUAUGACCAAGACAAGGACGAUGAGUUCCGGCUCUCGGCGGCGUUCUGGAAAUGCGUAUCAUGAUUUCCCACUAAAUCAAGAUCGGCGCCGUAGCAGUGUUACCGACUCCGUCGUGGAUGAUGAUGACGACGCCGAUAGUGACGACGAACAUCUGUCGGUACAGAAUGGGAGGCGUCUAUCUCACGGCGCCGGGUCUACUAAUCCUGAUGAUGGUCGAACAGAUUACAUGGGCGAAUCUGGCUAUAUGGGGGAUUCGAGGGCCGGGAGAUCGAAUAGAGCUCAGGUUGAGCACUUCGGUGAUCCAAAGGUCUUAGACCUGUACAAUUCUGGGCUUUCUUUGAAGAAACGGGCAGUAGAUGCAUACGUCUCUCUUUGUGGGCUGAAGUCGUACAUUCAGCUGAAUAAAACCGGGUUCUCAAAGGCUCUGAAGAAGUACGAUAAGACCCUCGACCGCAGCUUGCGACGGGAGUACAUGAACUCAACCGUCUCCUUGGCUUAUCCAUUCGCUGAGUCGACCAUGUCAAAGGUGGAAGCAGACAUCCACAAGAUCGAAAUGGCCUACGCGGAUGUCAUCACGACCGGUGACUUGUCGCUCGCAAGGCGUGAGCUUCGGUUACACUUGAGGGAGCAUGUAGUCUGGGAGAGAAACACAGUCUGGAGGGAAAUGAUUGGUAUUGAAAGGAAAGCCCAAGCUGCAAACGUUGGUAUACGUAGAACAAUCCUGGGGGGAGACGAAGACCCCGCAGCUGCACGACGACAAGGCGACGAGCAGGAAAUUUCUCUUACAGAGUUUAGGACGCCUCUGGGCAUCUUUCAUCCUCCACAGUGGUUAUGCAGCUUGAGUUUUGGAACUCUGGUUCUUGUCCUGGCUGUGUUUGUGACAUUACUCACAGUUCCGAUAAUGGACAAGCCUGAGCAGCAAAACUGUUUGGCCAUGCUUAUUUUCGUCAGCUUGUUAUGGGCCACAGAGGUUAUUCCUCUCUUUGUGACCUCUCUGCUGAUCCCUUUUCUUGUUGUCUUGCUACGCAUCAUGAAAUCGGAAGAGAAGCCCUACAAACGCCUGGGACCUAAAGAAGCCACCAGUGCUGCAUUCAGUGCUAUGUGGACCCCAGUGAUAAUGCUCUUGCUUGGCGGAUUCACCAUCGCCGCAGCCUUAUCCAAAUAUGACAUUGCUCGUCGCAUGGCAAUGUUCGUUUUGAGCAAAGCUGGAUCCAGCCCCCGUGUGGUCCUUCUCACGAAUAUGUUCGUGAGUAUGUUUUUGAGCAUGUGGAUUAGCAACGUGGCUUCGCCCGUCCUCUGCUAUUCCAUCAUCCAGCCUCUGCUUCGGAACCUUCCUCCAGAUUCGAACUUCGCCAAAGCUCUCGUGUUGGGAAUUGCACUGGCUGCGAAUGUCGGGGGUGCUGCCUCCCCGAUCGCCUCACCACAAAAUAUCAUUGCGCUUCAGAACAUGCACCCGAGCAUCAGCUGGGGCACGUGGUUCUUUGUAUCACUCCCUGUCUGUAUUAUCUCCAUCCUGCUGAUAUGGGCCCUUUUGGUAUUCACAUUCCAUCCUGGUCGUGACACCACACUUGUCCCAAUUCGACCGGUUAAAGAUAAGUUUUCUGGGGUUCAAUGGUUCAUCAGCAUUGUGACUCUGUCUACCAUCGCCCUAUGGUGCGGCAGCCAUCAACUUGAGCAUGUCUUCGGGGAUAUGGGCGUAAUAGCUAUUAUCCCGAUGGUCCUUUUCUUCGGAACCGGCAUUCUCAACAAGGAAGAUUUCAACAACUUUCUUUGGACCAUUAUCAUCCUGGCCGCCGGUGGCCUUUGUCUUGGAAAGGCUGUUACGUCUUCCGGUUUGUUACACACUCUCGCGAAUGGCAUUACCGCCCGUGUGGAACAUCUAAGCCUCUAUGGCGUCCUGAUUGUGUUCUCCGUCCUGAUUCUUGUUAUGGCCACAUUCAUCUCCCACACUGUUGCGGCACUUAUCAUUCUGCCUCUCGUUCGACAGAUCGGUGUCGGUAUGGAGGAUCCACACCCCAAUCUGUUGGUGAUGGCUAGCGCUCUUAUGUGCUCUGUUGCUAUGGCUUUGCCGACCAGUGGUUUCCCUAACAUGACCGCCAUCAUGACCGAGGUUCCCCAAACCGGCCAACGAUACCUCCAAGUCCACCACUUCUUCACCAGGGGUAUCCCUGCCAGUCUGAUGGCAUGGGCCGUCAUUAUCACGAUCGGCUAUGUUCUCAUGUACAUAGCUGGGCUAUGA